AUGGGUUUGCUUUUCUCCGUGAUUUCUUUCUGGAGUCCGCUCACCGAAUGCCUGGUGGGGCACUUGCAGGACCGCGAGGUGCUGAAGCGCUGUUUCCCAGUGGAGCGAUGGGGUCGCCGAGCUCCCUUCUUGGCCACGCAUUGCGUCAUAGCUGCGGUGGCUGCCAGUGCUGUUUACAUGCCACCGAGCAAUGCCACAGGUCCGCUGGAGGUCUGGUUCGUGCUCGUGCUCAUGCUGUCCUACUGGGGAGCUUCUUCCUGCGUCAUCGCCUUCGAAGCAGCCCGUCAGGAGAUCUACCCUUUCAAGGAAGAGCGCAUCGUCGUCGAAGGUCUAUGCAAGUAUACUAUGAUGAUGGGUGGGGGCUGUGGAGCCAUCCCUGUCUUGGUGCUCAUGGCUGAUGCUUCAAUGCUGCACCGCCUUCUGUUCGUGUUCUACAUUCUCCUGUUUGGCCUGGUCAGCCUGGAGGCAGUUCCGAUCUUCCGCGAUGCGAAGGCUUCUCCGUUGCCACAAGUCCCAUCAGAGGCGCAAGAAGUCCAAAGCAGCACAGGCGAAGCUGGUGGCGUCCUGCAGAUCCUCUGCGAGGUAAUGCCGCGCUGUGGGUGUUGCAGGCGCAAGGACCAGCGCGCCCCCAACAUGGCAUUUCGGCAUUUGAUGGCGGUGAAGUUCUGGAAUGGAGCAUACGGGGCAUCGAUCGGCUCCACGCUCUUUUAUUAUGUGACCUAUGUGCUGCGGCUUGGUGGAUGGGAGCGUAUGCAGGUUAUCGUGGGAGGUGGUCUUCUGGCCGGCGUCACGGAGGUGGCCCUCAACUGGAUCUACAUGCAAGUCUUCAGCGCUGGAGACGUCAGGUUAGACAUGACCGGCAAAAAAGAUCGCAAGCUGCUGCGAUACGUGGUAUUCUCUCGAUUCUUCAAUGCGAUCGCAACAUUCGGCAUCAUUGGAUGGGCGGAGCCUUCAGUCUUUAUGGUAUUUCUGUGGGCUGUCACGACACGAUUUGGCUUGGCCAGCUUCUCGUUCUGGCGAGUUUCUGCUCAGUGUUGGCUGGUGGAUGAGGACUGCAUCUUUGGUGAGGUGCCAGGGCGGCGGCGCCAAGGUGUGAUCUUUGGUGCACUGGCCAUGACUCAAAACUUUGCAGGUGCUGUUUUCUCCUCUCUGACCUUCCUCGGUCUGGGUCUGGCAGGGCUCCAGACUGUGAAUUGCGAGGAUCAGUGCAAGCACCUUUCCACCAAGCAAAUCGUCGACUCUACUGGUGCCGUGGGUGAGUGCAUCGAAACCUGCUUCCUUGGCGUGAUCGCCAUGCAGCCCGACAGUCUGCGCUGGUACGUCCGCGCAGUGAUCGGAUUCUGGGCUCCUUUGUGCGAGCUGUUUGUCGCCUUCCACGCAUGGAAGUUUCCGAUAAAGGGGGCCAGGCUGCGGCGCUUGUACGCAGGAAUCAGCCAAAGUCGGGGCGAGGAGAUUAACCUGACAUUGGAGGAUGCAGGGACACCUCACACGGGCAAGUCCAAGAUCGUCCUCAGUGUGGAGGCCACAAAGAGCAACAACUCUAACAAGAUGCGGCGCCAGAACACUGAUGGAGAAGGUCUUCUUUGGAGGUUAGCGCAUACAACUGCGUUGGUGGACUCGUGGCCUGGAGCGAAGUCACUCUCGGUCCUUUUCGACAUCAACGAGGCGGCUCCUUUGGACAUGCGGCGCAGCUACUGGGCUUGGACUAUCGCUUGGGGCAUCGUGCACCAUGCUGAAGGGUUCUUUGUUUGGCUUUUGGCCGGCUUGUGA